CCAAAAAUGGUGGGUAUUCUGAAUUGUAGUUUGGUGCAUAAUCAUUCAAGAAUCAGCUAAUAGAUCCACCAUGGAGUGGUUGUGAAGCUUAGGUAACCAUUAAAUCCUGAUUCAUUUACCAUUAGUUCCUCAUUAGAUGAGCCAAUUUUGGGAUCAUUAUUGUAAAGUGUUACCAAGACAUUUGAUAGGUCUUGGAAGUAUUUGUUCAUUUAUGAUAAAAUAGCUGAAUACUAUGAAAAGCUGACAUUGCUGCUGAGGCUAUGGGCAGAGCACAGCGUCAGGGACUGAACAAGAACAGGUUAGCUGUUCCUGUGUUCUUAAAAAGUUAAGUUACUGAUCCAUUUAAAAUAUUCACACAAAAUAAUUUGUAUUUCAUUAUCUGACUAGUUAAAAAAUGUUUUGUUAUGUUUAAUUUUGAGAAUGCCACUAUUUUCCUUAAACUUUUUAAUUAUUUAAAAAAUUGUAAUAAUAUUGAUGAUAAAGAGAAGUCAACUUUUGAAUGCAAUGCAUGUUAAUAUAGUAAAAUAGCAUUGUUAACAUAAGCUUAUUCACACAUGGAAAGUAUCGAUGUUAACUAAUGGUACUUUCAUUGUGUAAAAGUAGCUCACACGCCAAAAAGAGGUUGGAGAUCCCUAAAAUAUAUAAAUAACUUUUGAGUUUUUAACUUUUUUUAUGUUUCAAGUAAGUGAGGAUGGUGUCCUAAAGCUCCCUACGGACAGGCCUCUACUAGUCCAUGGAGACUCCUAACAUCAUAUGAUGUUAGCCUGUUUUUGUUGCCUUGAUGUUUUUGGCCGCAAGGGAAGAGUAAUGUUAGUGCUCAGAUCAAAUUAGAAUUGUGUAACGAAAAUAAAGGAUAAAUGAUCAGUGUGACAGGGUUCUGCUCAGACAGCAGUAUCCAUCUGAUGAUGGAGAUUCAGAUUGGAGCUGAGUUCUGUUUUCCACAACUCAACAGGUCCUGCAGGAGGCCAACACCUCACUGGUCUGAAGCUGUCCUCCUGAACAUCGUUUUGUCCUUCUUCUCUCUGAUCACAGCAGUUCUAAACCUCCUCAUCAUAAUCUCAGUCUCCUAUUUCAGGAAGCUCCAGAAACCUGCUAACAUCCUCAUCCUCUCUCUGGCUGUGUCAGAUUUCCUUGUUGGCUUUUUAAUCAUUCCAUUCGAAAUCUUUAGAAAGACAAAAUGCUGGAUACUCGGUAAUAUCACAUGUUUAUUUUACUACUAUGUUGCCUCUGUUUCUAUCUGUGCUUCAACUGGAACCAUCAUUCUCAUAUCAGCUGAUCGCUAUGUGGCUAUUUGUUACCCUCUGCAUUAUCCCACCAGAAUAACCUUACCAAGAAUGAAAUGCUGUGUUUGUCUUUGUUGGAGCUGUGCUGCUUUCUAUGUAACUUUCUUCUUAAAAGAUAUGCUGAUUGAGCCAGGCAGGAGUAAUUCCUGCAUUGGAGAAUGUACAGUAUCUUUUGACUUUUUUGUAGGAACUUUUGAUCUGUUUAUAACCUUUUUAUUUCCAGUUACAGUCAUCAUAGUUCUGUAUAUGAGAGUAUUUGUGGUGGCUGUGACUCAGGCUCGUGCCAUGUACUCUCACAAUAGAAGUGUCACCCUUCAGCUUUCAGUGCAACAACAAACAAAGAAAUCAGAGCUAAAAGCAGCCAGAACACUGGGUGUUCUUGUUGUUGUGUAUCUGAUGUGUUUCUGUCCAUAUUACUGCUGCUUUUAUUUUAUAGAUAGUUUUACAACUACAACAUUUGUAUCAUUCUUAUUCCUUCUCAUUUAUCUUAACUCCUGUCUAAACCCUCUGAUCUAUGCCAUGUUUUAUCCCUGGUUCAGAAAAGCUGUUAAACAUAUUGUAACUUUACAGAUCCUGAAGCCCGGCUCCUGUGAGGCCAACAUACUGUAGAUACUGUGGACUGAGGGACGUACAACCUCCUGAACAGUUUACAAUUCUAAAAUCUAAAGUCCAGUGAAGGAGAAAAUAGUUUUUUUCAUUUCCUACAUUAUAAACAUAAAUGUAUGUAGAGAGCAGGGCUGGUUCUAGGCUGGCAUAUUUGAGGGGGCAGACAGAAUUGUGACGGGGGAAGAUUGUGGUGAUGGAAGAGGAAAAGGUGAAUUGGUGGUGCAGGUAUUCCAGGAUCUUUUAGUCAUGUGAUUGGAUUGUAUUUUGUUAGACUUUGAUCUUCCCUUUUUUUCUCUGUCCCUGAAACCCUUAUUCAUGUAUUCAUCACAAAUCAACUAUAGCAAUAGCAUUUAUAUGGUAUCCCAUCCAAAGACCUCACCAAACUUCAAGACAUCCAGAAUUGUCCUGCCUGUCUCUUAACCAGUGACCACAUCACCUCCAUCGACUUCCUCUCUCUCAGUGCAUAACAUUCAAAACUCACUCAGAACUCACUCCCACAACCUCUCCACAACUGCUCUGACCUCUCCACCAUCAAAACUCUGUUUUACAGUUUAUGUUUUAUUGUUGCAUAAUCUGUCUGUUUUACCUUGUCUUUUUACAAAAUCUCUAAAGUUCUUCAUUAAUAAAAUAUAUUAUUCCAUUUUAUGACCCAAGACCUGUUCUACUAUGAGAAAAUCAUUAACAUCAGAUCGACCAUUCAUUCCUCCAUGUCAACAUGCACAAUCAGACCACAGCUACAGCCACACAGGUUUGUGGCCAGUUUUCAGUGUGAUUACUGCUAAAACACUGGGGGACAUAAUAACGAUCUUAAAUUCAUCUACCUGCUGUCUGGACACCCUGCCAACUAAACUUCUUUAAAAUGUUUUUAGCUGUGUUAAACCCCGACUCUGAUGUAAAAUGUGUGAAGGGUGGGGGUUACAAGAAACAGGGGAGUGGAAUUAAAAAUGUGUUUGAUUUGUCAUAAAAGGUUCUAAAAACAAGAGAGCAAACAGAUGGUGAGCAUUAGUAAAAUAAAUGCCAAUUGAAAACAAGAUUAAAAUGUUAACUUUUAAAAGACCAAUUAUCAACAUUAAAAACACCUGGUUAAAACUUUGUUAAUGGUUUUAACACACUAGAAGGCAUUUUUUAUACUCACAUAGUGGAGGAGUACUUGGGGCAGGACCUCAUCCCCUUUUGUAAUUCAAGACCGUGGUCUCAAAUUUAGAGGAGCUGAUUCUCAUCCCAGCUGCUUCACACUCGGCUGCGAACCGCUCCAAUAAAAGCCGAAGAUCAUGUUUUGAUGAAGCCAACAGGACCAUAUCAUCUGCAAAAAGCAGAGACCCAAUCCUCUGGCCAUCAAAUCGGAUGCCCUCAACUCCUUUGCAUGAAAUCCUGUUCAUAAGUUAUGAACAGAAUCGGUAACUGUCAGGACUCAGGUAUCUCCCGGCUGACCUUCGGACCACAACUCCCGACAUGCUCCUCGUGGGGAGCUCCCAGCGUGCUCCUCGCGGGGAUUCCCUCCACGUCACAGCCAAGCAAGGCUAUAUAUGGAAGACGCCGUGACCGGCUUCUCAUCUCAGUCAUCGUUUCUUCCUCACGGAGAUACGACCAGAGAACUAAUAAAACUAUUAAACGUCUCACCUUGUUCGUCUCCUUCAUCCAG